AUGACGACCGAAGUAUCCCACGGACGAGGCGGAGCCGGAAACAUCAACCCCGACGAUACCAAAUACGUCGAUGGCGAGGUUGUGAGGACCGGUCCUGAGGGUUCUCAAGGACACGGAGCCUACAGCGCCGGUAACAUCGGCGACGCCGGCACCGCUCCCGCCCGGCGCUCCGACAAGGACCUCGUUCCCGAGGAGGCCUACCGCCCGUCCACCGAGAACCAGGAUUACCAUGGCGGCCGUGGCGGCGCGGGAAAUGCGCACAAGUCGAUCGACCACGAGAAGAAGGCCGCCGCCCAGGCCCGCGCCGACGGCACCGCUGGCGUCAGCGUCGCCGACAAGCUCAAGGCCAAGAUCCUCGCCCCCUUCCACAAGAAGUAA